CAGAAACGGUUAGGUGAUAAACAUUGGCGAAGCACGCAGAACACAUUUUAUGUGUUAAUUUUGUUUUAAUUCUAAAAAAGUUAAGUAUAUUAAAAUGUCCCCAGAAUCUAUUUUACUGUUAUGCAAUUAUGACGACCAAAUUAACACCGAAAAUGAGAGAAUAAAAAAGUUAUGGUUAGACAAAUGGUCUGUCAGUGAUGUCGAUUUAUGCAAGGAGUUGUUAGAAACAGGUCUAGAGACAGAAAGUUUAAAGGCCUUGCUAAAAAAGUAUCAAGGAGAUGCAGAAACUUUUGAAAAGAUUCUAUAUGUAUCCACCGCCUCAUUUCUAACAUUUUGUGAACGUAAUUGGAAUCCUCAUCCUGAAGAAUUUAAUUGUGAAGAGUUCUUUGGUAUGAAAUGGCCUUCAGAUAUUGAUGUAACUACAAAACUUCAGCGAGAUUCAGAACCAAUAUAUGUUAAUAUAAUACAUCCUGAACUAUUAUACUUCUCAACACAAGUAUACAAUGCAUUGUGCAAUGCUGACCAGAGCUUGUUACAUUUAUGGUGGAAUUUUCGAAGUAAAGUGGCUCACCAACGAGCUCUGGAUGACACAAGUGCUACUCUUUAUUCAGAACUAGAGAUCAUUAUUGCCAAGCUAACCAACCUGCUGCAUGACAUUCAAAGUAAACCAAGACUGCAGAUCCUUUUGUGCAUGGAGAUAGCCCAGGCUUACCUCAUAUAUGGAAGGGUGCAGAGGACUGAGGAGUACCUGAACAGGGCUAGGGAUCUAGCUGGUCUGAAGCUGGAGUUAACAGGUAUUCUCGGUAAGAGGACGAAAUUCCAACAGACAAUACUGCCACAGCUUGCUCUGUCCAGUGAGUUAGAUUCAAACAUAGACAGACCGUCAGCUGAGGACAGUCACGGUGGGUCUGAGCUGCCCCCUGACCUGGAGCUGCAGGAUGACGUCAGACUGAACAAAAUACACUAUUUGGAGAAUAUCAGCCAAGCUGAACUGCCAAGCUUGGAGCAAGUACUGUGUUUGUUGACUGUCCAAUAUUUAAUGAAGGCCCAACCAAGAGAUGCUUUAAUGAAUGAAGAACUAGCACCGUACAUUGAAGCAGUACUCACCCAGAAGAAAGGUGCCUGGUCAACAAGAGUAGCGGCAUUACUUAUCAGGUGUAAACUGGAAGCGAAUCAUAAGAGAACAGUGGAGAGAGCCAUGCUGCAGUGCGAGACUAUUGUUAAUGAUAAGACAGGAGCUUCUCCCACUACUAGAUUAUCGUAUCUAUGGGCAACUGGUCUUCCGCCAGCUUGGAACUGGAGGCAGCAGUUAGCCGACCUGUAUCUUAACUUGGGGCUGGUUAAAGCGGCGCUUGAAGAGUACCUCAAGCUUCAGCUAUGGGAGGAUGUUAUUGUUUGUUACACAACUCUGCAGUUGAGGCAUAAGGCAGCAGAAGUGAUUCAACAACAGAUUGAUAUAAAUCCAACUGUUAAACUCUACUGUUUGCUUGGAGAUGCUACAGAUGACAUAAAAUGCUUCGAAAAAGCAUGGGAGUUCUCAAAUUGUAAGAGCAGUAGAGCUCAAAGACAUUGGGGUAACUUUUUGUUUGAUCACAAAAAAUAUGAAGAAUGCAUUCCACAUUAUGAAAAAUCAGUUGAGAUUAACUCGAUACAGGAAAGUGUUUGGCUGAGAUUAGGCUACGCAGCCUUAAAUGUAGAGAACUGGGAGUUAUCAGCCAGAGCGUACCGUCGUUACACGUACUUACAACCCAACUCUUUUGAAGCCUGGAAUAAUCUCGCUAAAGUGUAUGUUAACAUGGGCGACAAGAACAGAGCUUAUAGGUCGUUAAUGGAGGCGCUAAGAUUCAAUUAUGAUAACUGGAAGCUUUGGGAGAACGUUAUAAUGAUAAGUAUGGACACGGGCCACUUCGAGGACGUGAUCCGCGGCGUGCACCGCCUGCUGGACAUCCUGCACAAGUUCGAGGACGUGGAGGUGCUGACGCUGCUCGUGCGCGCCGUCAUACAGGACCUCAAGGAUGCUGACGGCAAUAGUGCUGCUAGAUUACAAAAGCGUGUAUUGGAAUUAUUUGGAAGGAUAACAUCAAUUCAUCAGAAUAAACCAGAAAUUUGGCAGUUGUAUUCUGACUUAAGCCCUACUUAUUUACUGCGAGCACAGCGGCUUCUAAAGGCGUACAAAGGAUAUACUCAGAAUGGUAACUGGGCUAACAAUCCAGAUACGUGCAAGCAAGUCAUAGAGCUCGCGAAAUCUCUUCUUGAACAUAGCAAGCAAGCCAGACUAGAUUCGGAAGAAAAAGAUAUCCUCCAAGCUAACCAACAGCUAUCUUCUGCGCGUCUAACUGGCCAGGCUGUUAUAAGGGCAGCUGAGAAACAGGAUUGGCCAGAAACGAAAGAAAUGCUUGAAGAAUUAAAAGAUCUUUUUUCGAAUGUUACAGAAUAUAUGAAAUCAGUAAUGUAAA